AUUAGAGAUCACAACUCCCAGUAUAAUAUCGUUGCUUCUCUGAUGCUCCAGUUCUUUGAGCUGCUUUGGUGGGAUUGACUUUUUUAAAAACCACCCGUGAACAUCCCAAGUUAAAGUGAGCACUAGGUCCACAGGACUCUGAACUGAGCCGUGUGAAUAAGACUCUUGUUUUCCCUUUCAGUCCUGGUUUCUGUCCAUGCAGUUACUAUAGGAGGAAUUGGGCGCUAGGAAGCUGGUGAGCUAGCCAGUGAGAGUGGCACUGCAGGAAAAUGAAGAGCAGCAGCAGGGUUCUGCUGGUGCGAGCGCCUCCCUGGCUGAAGAUGGCAGGUUGGGAACCCCGGGUCGCUCCAGGCCGAGGGUUCCUCCUGCUCUGCAUUUUGACUCUGCAUUUUAGCUCUUGGAAUCCUGUUGCAUCAGCAGAGCAGAGCUCUACUCCUGCUGUGCUUUCGGUCACCACCCCCUCUGUUCCAGAGACUUCCCCUAUUUCCAGCACAUGGAUGGUCUCCAACCACUCUGCGAAUUGGACAGAAGACACACCUCUCACCUGCCAGAGUUUUCAGUGCUCUGGAGAGAGAUGCUACCAGGACGAAGCUUAUGCCAAUCACACCGUGACCUGCCACAAUGAGACUCACUGUGAGCUCUAUCGUCUCACCCACACAAACUACACAGCCAAGUGCAGCAGUGAGUGUGGGAGAGGGAACGGCACCGAGAUGUGUGUGACCAACAGCAGCGUGAGCAUGAGCAAGUGCGUCCUGGAGUGCUGCAACUCGUCCCUGUGCCUGCAACUCAAUGCCACCACCUACGGUGACUUGCCGCCCACCACAACUCCAGCUCCCACAACCACCACCACGAAGCCCCCUCCCAGAAAUGGGAAAGUGUGCACAACCUUUUCCUGUAAUGGAGAUGGAUGCUUCAAAGGCCAGAAGUUUGCUGCUGAAUGCAUCGUUGGAUUCGACUUCUGUGAGAUGAAGAAGACUGGCUCAAAUUACGUGGCUGGAUGUAGCAAAGUCUGCAAGACCACCAGCCCAGCCUGUACCACAGGAGCAGCUGGCCCCUGUUACCAGGAAUGCUGCCAAGCUACCCCUAAAACUAGCUGCCUGAAACUGGAUGGCAACGUGCACUUCAACGGCGCUGGGCAGGUGGCUCUGGCCCCAAUCCUGAAACUCCUGGCCUGUGGUGUGGGUCUUGUCAUGCAUUACAGCCUCUCCACUUUCCUUCAGGGUUAAGCAAUGACCCUCUGAGCUCUGUAGACUGACUAGGGAAGGAUUCAGGGGCACACACAAUAUUGGCUAAAACUGGCACAAGAUCUAGGGUUUCUGUACCUCUUAAAUUCAGCUAAGGUUGGCUAGAAAAUUCCAUCUAGUGAAUCAGCAUCACAGGAAGGGAGAUCGCUGGAACCCGCAGGCCUUCUCCUCUCUGUGCAGGCCUGGCUAGCACCCAUGGAAGUUAGUGGGUAGCACCCAUGGGUGUUUGUGAAAUACAGACCCCAGUGAGUGCAGCUGGGUAUGUCUAUGCUGCAGUAAAACACCACUGCUGGCCCGUGUCAGAUGACUCCAGAACCCUGCGAGGUGGGAGGGUCCUAGAGCCUGGGCUUCUGCCUAAGCCCAGUCUCUACACUGUGAAUUUUACAGUCCCGCACCCUGAGCCCCACAAGCCUGAGUCAGCUGCCGUGGGCCAGCCACAGGUGUCCUACUGCAGUGUAGACAGACCCUUAGUCUCUCCCAUGUGGAUUCUCCAAUUUGAUACAGGGGAGGGUGGAAACUAGUGGCCAUGGGGAUGGAUGUGGGGCUCCCAGACCUGUGGAGAGGGUAGGCAUUGUGCCACAUGCUUCCUUCUUGCCAGACUGACUCCUGGCUAUGCUGCCUCUGCAGAAGAGAUUAGGAGUUGGCUAGCUGCUGUGGGGCAGCCCUCAGUGAAACCCCCUCCCUUCUGAGCGCUAGUCAUUCAGAGCCAGCACCUCUUCCUGUCAAUUGGGGGUGAAGAGGGCAAACUCCAGCCACUAUGGGACUCUGUGAAUUACUCUGCCACCGUUCACGCCUUGUUUGCAUGUAAAGCAGCUGUCUGUGUAGCAGGGAGGGUGAUUGAGUGAAAUCACAGUCCUCUGCUGCACACACACCCCCAGCCCUCCCCCAAAGUAGGAAAACACUUGAAUGGGAGUAUCCGAGCAGGGAGAGCUUUCCCUUAUGCUUCUGAAGAGCAGCUAAGGUGCCUGUGCUAACCAAGGGAACACGCUGUUGAGGGGGCAAGGCAGGACUCGGGGCUGGUCUACACUGGGCACUUACACUGACAUAGCUACGUCUCUCAGGGAUGUGAAAAACUCCUCUGGGAGAUGUAGCUCUGCCGACCUAACCCCUGCGUAGACAUCGCCAGGUCGAUGGAACAAUUCUUCCCUCAGCCUAGCUGCUGCCUAUCGGGGAGAACCAAUGGGAGAACCCCUCCCGUUGGCAUAGGCAGUGUCUGCACUGAAGCGCUGCAGCGGUACUGCUGCAGCUUAAGUGUAGACACACCCUUGGAUUCCUAACCCAAGAGCUGCCCUGGCCGGUAAACCAACUGGCCUGAGCUGUCGGCUGAAAUCAUUGGCAUCUUCUGAAAGGCCAAGUUUGAAGAACCUCCUGUCUUAACAUCUCCUGAGGCUAGACUACUCUCCCAGCAUCCUGGUAAACGCUGCCCCACAUCAGGGACUAAUCAAUGGCCCCACCGACCCCUGAAGGCAGUAGUUCCCCAGUUCCCCUAGCUGUACGUAGUCACCACCCAUAGGCCAGAGAGCACAAAUCUGACCUUGACUUGGUCUGAGUGGCAGCCCCGCUGCUGACAGUCACCGGCCCAGCUGACUUGAAUGUUGGCUGAUAUUAGUGUAUCUGAUUCUUUGGUUGAUUUAGGUUAGCUCGUAUUAGUAGUUCUGAAUAGGAAUAGGUUGCUGUUUCCAAGUUCCAUACACGACCUCUAAGCCUUGUUUUAACUUCCCCGGUUAGUUCCUUUUUGGAAUCUUAUGUUUUUAAUGAACCUUAAACCCUCAUGAUUGCCCCUUUCCCUGUGAAAUCCAAAGGGGAACAGAGCAGACACGCAGCAUACGCACUAAGCAGGCUGCAAAGCUGCGCUCUUCCCUGCCCAAAACCUGUAGGACUAUGUGACUUGCAAACAAAGUGACGCUGCUUGGGGCUACUGCCAUGUGACUUUACUAGCCUGAGAUUUUGGAUUACCUGGAACGAAUGACAUCCCGUCCCACAUGGGCGGCGUGCAUAAUAGGCUGGGGAAUGCUGUGCCUCCCCAAACAUCCCCGCAUGGCCCCGCCCAGGCUCUGCCCCGAAACCCCCUCCUGCUGCUAGUUGGCCCCAGCUCAGGCAGGCUGCUCCUCUUCUGGGAAGCUGGUUGGGGAUAGGGCAGCUGGGACUUGGGGUGUUUGGGGCCACCCAGUGCUGGGGGGCCCUUGGCGCUGGGACUGUGUGCUGCCCACUCGGUGCUUUGGGGCUGAGGGGGGCCAUGCACUGCCCACCUGGUGCUCCGGGACUGGGGGGGCGGGGUCACAUGCCGCCCACCCAGUGCUCUGGGGCUGAGGAGAGGCCGUGCACUGCCUGCUCGCUCAGCCUUCUGUGCUGGUGGGGGGGCCACCCGCUGGGUUCUCUGGGGCUGGAGGUUCUCGGGCGACCCGGGCUGGCAGGGUGGGGGGAGAGCUCUUGACUUUGGGGUGGGAAGGGGAGUGGGAGGGGCAGGUCCCCAGGCAGAAGGGGUGGGCCAGGUCAGGGUAUCUUCCCCGAGGCUGUGGUUCACCCACCGCCCAUGUGUCCAGGUAUAAGAAUGAUGGGUGGAGGAAGCCUCUGAAAGGGCAGAAAAUUCUGCCAUAAAUCCAGGCACAAGCAAAGUCCAUCUGGGGUAGUGACCUGCUUGCAAUGUAGCUUUUCUGAGCACUCACCUCGAUAAUUAGCUCAUAGCCACACUGAUGAUGAUGAUGAUGGAAUAUCUCCUGCCUGGGCGGGCUGAAUUAGGAACACCAUAUUUCUUCUUUAGAAUCUUACCCAAGGAAACAGCGUUUCUCUAAAAGUGGGACAUAUGUCUUAGGAGCCUGUUUGCCAGUCCUGGAGUCUUUACUAUCUAAAGGGUGACUAAUAAAAGUGGAGUAGGGAUCAUAAGGGACGGUUCAUUCUAACCAUGCUUUUAAUCCGGGAUUAGUCUGUGUGUAAAAGAAUCUGCUGCGACCUAUUGUUGCACCAAAUGUCGCUGAUACUGAUUGAGUGACUGAAUUAUGUUUGCUGGAAACCACAAGGCAGAGAUUGCUGGUAACUGUGUUGCUGAUAGUUGUGCUGACAUGAGCUCUGUUGUGAUUGUUGUACUCUGUUGUUCUAUUUUCAGAAUCUGUCCUUUGAAGAGGCGUUAUAAAUAAAUAUAUUUAUCAACC